AUGUGGAAUCCAAACAUGGACAACCGACAAAUGGAGAAAAGAGUUGUAGUAGGAAGAGUACGACCAACUUGGGCCAGAAAUCUUCCCGAAGCAAGAGAAGAUGAUGAGAAGAGCGAAGCAGAAGCUGGAGUUAUGCCUCAUAGUGAACCGCCUUCUCCUACAGAAACCUGGGAACAGCAUUCAAAACAUGAAGAUAAAUACGAUGUAUUUGGCAAAGUAAUGCUGCUCGGUGACAGCGGUGUCGGCAAGACUUGCAUGCUAGUUCGCUUCCGGGACGGAACCUUCCUCGCAGGAAACUACAUAUCCACCGUUGGCAUCGACUUCCGGAACAAGGUAGUGACUGUAGACGGUGUCAAAGUGAAGCUUCAGAUUUGGGACACCGCCGGCCAAGAGCGCUUCCGUAGCGUAACACAUGCAUACUACAGAGAUGCCCAUGCGUUGCUGCUCCUGUAUGAUGUGACAAACAAGAUUAGUUUCGACAACAUCCGAGCGUGGCUGGGGGAGAUCCGGGAGUAUGCGCAAGAUGAUGUCGUCAUCAUGUUGUUAGGUAACAAAUCCGACAGCGGCCUAGAGAGGGCGGUGAGGCGGGAGGAGGGGCAGCGCUUAGCGAGAGAAUACCAAGUGUCGUUUAUGGAGACAUCAGCCAAAACCGGACUGAAUGUCGAAGCUGCCUUCGCCCAUGUGGCACGCUCUCUAGUAGCGAAAGCGAACCCCGUCGACCCUUCGAGGCUGGCGGUGCGCGCGCAGCCGACACAGGAACAACGGUCUUCGUGCCCGCCAUGUUCGUAA